GUCAGCGGCGGACUCGCAGCGCGUUUCGUGUGCGAUUACCAGCGCUACGGCUUUGGUCGCCCGGUUAUCGGGCCGACCAGCGGCGCAUGCGGCGGCCGCCAGCCGACGGUGUCGUGGGUGGGUGAGGUCAUCGGGGCACGGCUGGCGCGGCCGAGAGGUGACGGCGGAGCGGUGCCAUCCACGUUGUUGAGCGCCGUGGCCGUGAAGUGGCGUACUUCUCGUAGUGAAUCAGCGUGGUGUUCCCGGACGCCGCCCACCAGACCCGGCCGCCGCCGGUCCUAGUCGGUGUCUGAGCGCCGCGCCGGCUCCCCUGCUGUUGCUGCUGCUGCUGCUCGCUGGACCGACCCUCGGUCUCGACUCGUGCCCGUCCGUUCAGACCAAUCCCAGCGCCAUGGAGCCGGUGGUCAACCACCAGGCGCAGGCGGCCUCCCGGCUGUACCGAGUGCUGGCAGAGGCGGCCGGCGACGACAACGUGUUCCUGUCGCCGUUCAGCAUCGCCACCGCGCUGUCCAUGGCCUUCGGCGGCGCCGGCGGCGACACGGCGCUCCAGCUGCGGCAGGCGCUGGCGCUGCCCGAGGACGCCGCGUCGCUCCACGACGGCUACGGCAAGGUGCUGGCCAAGCUGAACGACCCGCCGAACGUCACACUCAGCACCGCCAACAAGAUGUACGUCCAGAACUCCUACAAGAUACUGGACAGCUACCUCGAGCUCAUGAAGAACCAGUACCUCAGCGAGCUGAAGAGCGUGGACUUUGCAGACGCGGCCGGCACAAGCAAACUGAUCAAUGAUGACGUGGAGUCACUGACGAGAGGGAAAAUCAAGGACUUGAUCGAUCCGAGUGCCCUGAACGCACUUGUGCGCCUGGUGCUGGUGAAUGCCAUCUACUUCAAGGGCUCGUGGCAAGAGAAGUUUGACAAGGAGGUGACGCAGAAGCAGGACUUUUUCGUCACUCCAGACAGCGCCGUGAAGACAGACAUGAUGUUCAUGGACGGCAAGCGCUUCAACUGCGGCGUGCUCUCCGACCUCGGCUGCAAGGCUCUGGAGCUGCCGUACGAGGGCCGGCGGUUCAGCAUGUUGCUGCUGCUGCCCGACAAGAAGGACGGACUGAAGGCUCUGGAGGAGAAGCUUGCCAACACACCGGUCCAGUGGCGCAGCCAGGGGGGGACCCCCCCGAAACAAAAUCCUGGCUGCGCCACUGCACCGGUCCAGUCCAUCAUGCAGAAGCUGCACAGUGAAAAGACUACCAUCAGCAUCCCCAAGUUCAAGUUGGAGACGUCCUACAACCUCGAGGACCAUCUGAAGAAGCUGGGCAUCGUUGACUUGUUUGAUUUCAACUCGGCGGACCUGUCCAAGAUAUCGGGCAACAAUGACCUGUUUGUGUCCAAGGUAGUCCACAAGGCCUUCAUUGAGGUCAACGAAGAAGGCACCGAGGCGGCCGCCGCCACGGGGAUGGUCAUGCAGUUAAUGUGCUUUGUGCCUAACUUCGAGUUUUUUGCCAACCACCCGUUCUUCUUCGCUAUCGUUGACAACGAGGUCGGUCUGGUUUUGUUCUCUGGCCGUUACGUCAAGCCCGAGUGAGCGGUGCACUGAUGAAGAUGAGCUGACGGUGCCUGAUCUCCCGGUGUAAUUUAUCUCGCAGAUCGCCGUCCUUUGUGGACGAAGUCGCGCUUAACUUAAUGUCAGUCUUAUUCUGUGAUACA